GCGCGCGCAUGCACGUUCUACGUGAACGACCGCAUGCUCUUCGGAUGUUGACAGUUGUUCUGCUAUAAGUUUGUUUACAUUGUUUACUGUGGACACGUAAUCCGUCACGUAGUAUUCCGUCACGUCGCGAGACGUAAGGGAGUAGAGUAUGGAAGCAGUGUCAAAGCUGAGGAUUGUUAUUUUGGGGAAAAGUUUUUCACAGACCUCCACUGUGGGAAACUUCAUCCUGGGCAGAUCAGUGUUUGAGACUGAAGAUCGUCCACAUUCAGUAGAGCUUUACUGUGAGACUGUCAGAGGACAUGUGGAGGGAAGAUACAUCACCAUCAUCAACACACCUCAUUUGUACGACCCUAAACUCUCUAAUGAGGAGCUGAAUCGGAAAAUAAGAGAGUGUGUUUCACGUUCUAGACCUGGACCUCAUGCAUUUUUACUUGUGGUACAGCCUCAUGACUUUACACAGGAAGACAGAAACCUACUGAGAUACAUCCUGAACUCCUUCGGCGAUCAAGCUAUAAACUACUCCAUUGUGAUAAACACAGACAGUGGAUUUAAUACAUCAGAAGAUGAAUUAAGAUUCACUGCCAUUCAGGAGUUAACAGAGGAAUGUCAUGGGAGGCAUCACAGUUUUUCACAGUUACACGAAUCGAGCAGGAGCUCAGUUUGUCAGCUGUUUGAGAAGAUUGACCAAAUGGUGAAGGAUAAUGGGGGAGAACAUCUCGCAUGUGAGAGUUUUGAAGAUGAAGAGAUUAAACCUGAUGACUUGACCGCUCACCAGAAACAAGAUGAGCGAGCAGUAAAAGGACAGGGAGUGCGGCUCUUCUCUCAGUAUCUUCAUGUGGAAAGCAGAUCAUCAUCAUCAACAAUGAGGCGAGUAGGUUUUCUUACUCCUAUCUGUGACUCUUUAACAAUAAUAAUAAUAGUAAUAAUAAUAAAAUUCAAUGACUGUGUGGAAUCUUCUCUCUGACU